AUGGCAGACAGCGGCAAGAUGUUGGAGGUUGCUCCUCACUCCCGGAUCGUGCCCGUUCAGACGCCCGCGCAGACAAAACCGAAGAAGGUGCAUUACCCGUUUUGGUUUGGAGGUUCGGCCUCAUGUUUUGCAGCGGCCGUGACGCAUCCGUUAGAUUUGGUAAAGGUCCGCUUACAGACGCGUGCGCCCGAUGCGCCGAAGACCAUGCUGGGGACAUUUGGACAUGUUGUGAAGAAUAAUGGCUUCACGGGGUUAUACAGUGGUUUGUCAGCUGCGAUGCUGCGCCAGAUUACAUACUCCACAACGCGAUUCGGUAUCUAUGAAGAAUUGAAAUCGCGCAUUUCCACGCCAGAGGCUGGCACACCAAGCAUGCUCACUCUGAUCGGCAUUGCCUCGGCCUCCGGAUUCAUCGGCGUCCGAUGCAGCGCUUCCCCCGCCCAGCGACGCAACUACCGCAACGCGCUCCACGGACUCGUGCAGAUGACCCGGACAGAGGGACUUGCUUCUCUCUUCCGCGGCGUCUGGCCCAACUCUACCCGCGCUAUUCUCAUGACUGCAUCCCAACUCGCUUCCUACGAUACCUUCAAGCGCAUGUGCAUUGAUAAGGUCGGUAUGGCCGAUAACCUCAGCACACACUUCACGGCCUCUUUCAUGGCUGGCUUCGUCGCUACCACCGUCUGCAGUCCCGUAGAUGUCAUCAAGACCCGUAUCAUGAGUGCUUCUCAUGCCGAGGGCAAGAGUCAGAGCAUUGUCAGUCUUCUGCGGGAUAUCUGCCGCAAGGAAGGUCUGGGAUGGACUUUCCGCGGCUGGGUGCCUAGCUUUAUCCGUCUCGGCCCCCACACUAUUGCCACCUUCCUCUUCCUCGAGGAGCACAAGAAGCUCUACCGUAAGCUCAAGGGCAUUUAA